UAUACACACACACAUAUAUAUAUAUAUAGAGAGAGAGAGAGACAUUUUUAUUCAUAUUUCAUUGGUACAAUCUUGUUUCAAUGAGUCCUACACAACUCCAUGACCAAUAUGUACACAAAGAAUCACCCCAUAAUGGCACGAUUCCUCCACCUUUGAAGAUCAAUAAAGACUCACAUUUCAUCAAGAAAUUGCCUUCGUCGUCGUCCUCCUCCUCCUCAACCGUCAUCAACGGCGUUGGGUUGAAGCCACCUCAGCCGCGUUAUCCCGUCAUUAUUUACACGCACUCUCCGAAGGUUAUUCACACGCACCCUCGAGAUUUCAUGGCAUUGGUGCAAAAGCUCACUGGAUACUCACCCUCUAAGGACGAAACUACGAACCUUAAACCUAAACACGACGACAAGAAAAGUGUAAUCAAUGAUGAUAAUGAGUCUACCUCGGUUGUCACAGAUGAGAAUAUCAAUGGCAGCAACAGUACUUUUGAAGAUUCCCAGGUUAAUUCUCAGUUCGUUCCUCCGAAUCCGGGAUUCACUAGUUUACCUUGUUUCCAUCCGAAUUCGACAAAUAUAUUGACAUCAGCUCCAUCAUUUUAUAAUAACAAAGAGUCACUGAUGUUCGUGCCUAAAAUGGGAAGCUCCUUUUCAACUUGUACACUGGGUGCUAACAAGGAUUAGCCAGAAUUUUGAAGUUUUUAUGAUAUAUUUGGAUUAUAAUUUAUAAUAUGGAAUUUGAAUUCUGUUCAUGAAUCUCUUAUAUGAUUCUGUCAGUGAUGAGAGUUUUGGAGAAACUUUCCAUAUAAUUGAUUUUCAAUAAUUAUUU